GGUGGCUGCAGGGAAGUUUAUCUCCCCGCAGCGCGCGAGCGCGGGAGGAGGUUGGCACACGGCAUGAACCUGGAGGCGGGCAGCCGGGGAGCAGAGUUCGGCAUGAGCGCGGUGAGCUGCGGCAACGGGAAACUCCGCCAGUGGCUGAUCGACCAGAUCGACAGCGGCAAGUACCCCGGGCUGGUGUGGGAGAACGAGGAGAAGAGCGUCUUCCGCAUCCCGUGGAAGCACGCGGGCAAGCAGGACUACAACCGCGAGGAGGACGCCGCCCUCUUCAAGGCCUGGGCACUGUUUAAAGGAAAGUUCCGCGAAGGGAUAGACAAGCCCGAUCCUCCUACUUGGAAGACGAGAUUAAGAUGUGCCCUGAACAAGAGCAAUGACUUCGAGGAGCUGGUAGAGAGGAGCCAGCUGGAUAUCUCCGACCCUUACAAGGUGUACAGGAUUGUUCCAGAAGGAGCCAAAAAAGGAGCAAAGCAGCUCACUUUGGAAGACACACAGAUGGCCAUGGGCCACCCCUACCCCAUGACAGCUCCUUAUGGCUCACUGCCAGCUCAGGUUCAUAACUACAUGAUGCCACCUCAUGACAGAAGCUGGAGGGAUUAUGCCCCUGAUCAGUCACAUCCAGAAAUCCCAUAUCAGUGUCCUGUGACGUUUGGCCCCCGCAGUCACCACUGGCAAGGCCCACCUUGUGAAAAUGGUUGCCAGGUGACAGGAACCUUUUAUGCUUGUGCCCCACCUGAGUCCCAGGCUCCUGGAAUCCCCAUAGAGCCAAGCAUAAGGUCUGCUGAAGCCUUGGCGCUCUCAGACUGCCGGCUGCAUAUCUGCCUGUAUUACCGGGACAUCCUAGUGAAGGAGCUGACCACGUCCAGCCCCGAAGGCUGCCGGAUCUCCCAUGGACAUACCUAUGAUGUCAGCAACCUGGACCAGGUCCUGUUCCCCUACCCAGAGGACAGUGGGCAGAGGAAGAACAUCGAAAAGUUGUUGAGCCACCUGGAGAGGGGACUGGUCCUCUGGAUGGCCCCAGAUGGGCUCUAUGCCAAAAGACUCUGCCAGAGCAGGAUCUACUGGGAUGGGCCCCUGGCCCUGUGCAGUGACCGGCCCAACAAACUGGAAAGAGACCAGACUUGCAAGCUCUUUGACACGCAGCAGUUCCUAUCAGAGCUGCAAGUGUUUGCUCACCAUGGGCGGCCAGCACCGAGAUUCCAGGUGACUCUGUGCUUCGGUGAGGAGUUUCCAGACCCCCAGAGGCAGAGGAAGCUCAUCACAGCUCAUGUGGAACCUCUGCUAGCCAAACAACUAUAUUAUUUUGCUCAACAAAACAGUGGACAUUUCCUGAGGGGCUACGAUAUACCCGAGCACAUUAGCACUCCAGACUACCACCGAUCCCUCCGUCAUUCCUCCAUUCAAGAGUGAGCCAGCCUUUGAGCCAGCCGCAUGAAGGAUUUUGCUUCAUUGUAAAUACUCUGACAUGGCAGCUGAUUGACGCCCCUUUUCUUUGGAAGAACUAAGAAGUGGGUUCACAGCUGAGGACAACAACAACAACAGGGAUUUGUGAAGAAAACAGCUCUCUCUGCUCAAGAGAGGCGCUUGUCCUACAAGAGUGACUGUCAUCCAGGUCUUGACAAGUGCCGGUAUUUUGGUGACUGUGCCCUGGCUUAUGACUGUGAAACUUAAUCAGUGAUGUGUUUACAUGUACUUAAAUGCUGGCUUGAGCCUGGUGUAGACUGGCUUCCAGCUUGAAGACUGGAAAACUGUGUCAGUGUGAAUCCCUGACGAGAGAAGGCAGACUUAAGUAUUACUGGUCCAUUUCUCAGGGAAGUCAAGUCUGAACCGGAGACUACUGUGCCCACCCACAGAGAAAUGUGUUCCUGGAUGGAGGAGCUGUAGUUCUCCUGGAUCACGCCCACUGAGUGAAGGGACCUGAAUCUCAGCCCCAGACUAGGUCGCAAUGUCUCCAGGCCAUGCAGAGUCUCUCUAAGGGGACCCUUCAUCCUAUGUGCUCCCUCUUAGGCCUUCUCUGACAAGUCAGCUGGUGAACGCUGUGGUUACCUACUUGAGCCAAAAAGCAUCAGGGGAUACAUAAGAUGGGGCACGUUUGUAUGUCCUUCUAGCUAACAAUGACUAGAAAGCAUUUUUUGUGGUCUCCCCUUUCGGUUUUGCCUCUCAUUCUUUAGAAUUGUUGCUGGCUUCAUGUUUUUUCUUUUCAGAAAUGAAAGGAAGGAAGAGAGAGAAAGAAAUCAAGAGACUGAAUACUAGAGAUAGUUUUUUAAAGUUCUGUGCCAUUUCCCCUUCUAUUUGUUUUGUUGGCUAUCAGCAGUCUCCAUGGCAACACUGGAGGGGUGGAGCCUUUGCGCAGGUUGGGAACUGUCAGGACACCGUGGUUCAGCUGACUGUACAGCUGCAGACUCAGGGGGCUGUUUCUGCUUAUUUUGUAUAUUAGAUGCUUCCUUGUGCCAAUAAUAGUUUGACAGAGCCUCAAAAUUACUGAGCUUUUCCAAAAAUACAUUUUAGUUUUAGUUUUCUACACAUAUACAUGAAGUUGCCUUUAAAAAGAGAGAGAGAGAGAAAGCGAGAGAGAGAGAGAGAGAGAGAGAGAGAGAGAGAGAGAGAGAGAGAGAGAGAGAGAAAGAGGGAAAUGUGUUGACACACUUUUAUGUACCUAACUAUGCGGACUUACCUCAUCUUUUGAGUGGCAUGUGGAAUUCUACUUCACUGUGCCUGGCUGUGGUUCGAUAUCUCAUUAGCUACUUGUUGUGGAUGCAUCCCAGCAGCCCACUGAGUCUCGUGAACUGAAGUCAUUUAUACAUCUUAUAGAUGCAAAACAUUUUGGGGUAUAUUAUCCCAAGGGAAAAUGAAGAAAAAGUUGGGAACUGCUCUUUCCCGGAGGCCCCAAACCAUAGCUAGCGUCCUGGAGAACAUUCAACCACACCCACAUCUGGCACUUCACCAAAGUUCUCUCCCCAUCCUGUGUGACCAUGACUCUUCUUCCCCUAAGCAGAUGCUUCAUCCCAAAUGCCAUGUGAAUUCUUUUCUUUUUCCUUCAUGUUAUGCUGCUUUAACAGUGAUGCUGAGUUUUCUGGAAAAUGUUUGAUGGUUUGGACCACCAAGUCUUAUCUCACUUUACAGCCAUGCAUGCUGAUGGCUUCACCCUUGAGGGAUCUGUAGGAAAGUGAAGCCCAGAAUGAUCAGGCGAACACUCCUGACACAGGAAAGAAUGGCUUCCUCAUCCCUGUUGAAACAAAGUGGGAUGCACAUACUGGAAUCUAGUUUGCCCUCGUUGUAAGACACCGUUGAAGAGGGAGGCUGUGGAACACUCCAUCACAGGGAGAAAGUAUACAAGUUUCGUGGGAGCAUACUGUUAGCUUGUUUCUUGUCUUUGAGCAAUUAUUAAUGUCUAUAGUUUCAAACUAAAAGCCCCAAACCCCUCUGUUGCUGUCCUGGACGAAGAAGGUGAUAGAAACCACCUUUUGAGAUACAGCUAGACUCGAUUGGAGCAGCGACGGGCCUGCUCCACUGAGAAGAGGCCUGGGUGUACUGCCUGAGUGGCUGUAUGCCAAGCACACAAGGAAUGCCAGCAGGCUGAGUUUGGCAGCUGAUUAAGGCACGUGUGAGGUGCCCUUACUCUGUAGAGGAGUUGAGUGUGAGCCCCAGCAGUAGAGGAGUCUGGGAGUCUGGGCAUCAUGUCCUACACAGGAAGGGCCUUCAGUACUGCUUUAAGAACUUAUGUUUCCAUGGGUGACAUUUUGACAACAAUUCAAACAAGGUUUAAAUGCCCUUUCAUUCCAGUCAGUCUUGUCCUUCCUACUGGUCAAUAUUUUUUUGUUGUUCUUGGUGGAAAUUGUGAAAUUGUUAAGGCCUUCCUUUUUGUUAUUUAUCUCCCUAAGUCAAGUGGCUGCUGUAUCCAUUUGGAUGUUGCCAUAGGCUGCCCUACCACACACAUCUUUUCGCAAGCUGCCUCCUCAGUAGCUGAGCCCUGCGCUGUAAGGGGGGCUCACCUGGUCUUUUGUAACUGCUGCUCACUCUCACAUGGACGCAGGGAUGAUUGAUUUUCUGAAUCUAUCUUCACUGCUUUAAGAAACGUGUCUCCAGAGAUUACUACAGUGAACGAGAAGAGAAAGGCGGGCAGGCCAGCUCUAUUAGACACUGCUAUAUGUUUCCCACUCCUCAAGGUGGACCAACCUCAGAGAGAGAGACAUCCAUGCCCUCCUGCUCCCAUGCCUCGGGCACCCACUUCAUAGUGUGAGAACUGUGAGGGGCCAGGACUCAGAGAUCUCUGGCUUAGAGCCCAUACUUUGGGGGUUCUGCCAUGUCUGAGCCUGGAAGGCAAGGACGCCUGCCAUCCUGCAUGCACUGUUUGCAUACGCCAUGGAUUUUGCUGUAAACUUGCUUCACAAAGCAAAC